AAGUUUUAAACACACAGCAUAAACCAAAUUUACAGUGAGAAAACAUCAAGUUCUUAAACAUUAUAUAGAGAUGGCAGAAGUGAAUAACAAGCAGAUAGUAUUGAAAGAUAACAUCGGGGCUGGUUCUCCCAAAGAGAGUGAUUUGAUCACAAGAGUUUCGAAAAUAAACCUCAACGUACCAGUGGGUCCCAAUGUGAUUCUCGUCAAGAAUCUUUAUUUGUCCUGCGAUCCUUACAUGCGCUCUCGUAUGAGUAAAUAUGAAGGUCGUUAUGUUGAAUCCUUCACUCCUGAUCAGCCUAUUGUGGGAUUAGGGGUGGCUAAGGUUUUGGAUUCAGGGGAUGAGAAGUUCAAGAAAGGGGACCUGAUCUGGGGAUUAACUGGAUGGGAAGAGUACAGCCUGAUUACAAAUGCGCACGCACAUGGUUUGUUCAAGAUUGAGCACACAGAUGUGCCUCUUUCCUACUAUACAGGGUUGCUAGGCAUGACUGGUAUGAGCGCGUAUGCUGGUUUCUACGAGGUGUGUGCUCCAAAGAAAGGAGAGUUUGUUUUCAUCUCAGCAGCAUCUGGAGCAGUUGGUCAACUUGUUGGGCAAUUCGCAAAGCUGUUGGGCUGCUAUGUUGUUGGAAGUGCUGGAAGCAAAGAAAAGGUUGACCUUUUGAAGAACGAAUGUGGGUUCGACGAGGCUUUUAACUACAAGGAAGAGGAAGACCUGGUUGCAGCAUUGAAAAGGUACUUCCCAGAGGGCAUCGACAUCUACUUUGAGAAUGUUGGAGGAAAGAUGCUCGACGCAGUACUUGCCAACAUGAGAAUUCACGGACGCAUUGCUGCGUGUGGGAUGAUCUCACAGUACAACCUCGAAAAGCCUGAAGGAGUGUACAAUCUGACGCAGAUUUUGCAUAAGAGGAUCCGUAUAGAAGGAUUUCUCGUAACCGAUUACUACCACCUCUAUCCCAAGUUUCUGGAAAUGAUCUUGCCAUAUAUCAGGGAAGGGAAAAUUAAGUACCUGGAAGACACAGCAGAAGGCCUUGAGAGUGCCCCUGCAGCUCUGAUUGGCCUUUUCUCUGGUCGUAACGUUGGAAAGCAAGUGGUUGUGGUUGCCCGCGAAUGACACAUUUUCAGAAUGUAUAUGCUGAAUUUUAUUUAUCUACAGUAAUAAUCGAAUUGUUGUUUCAACUUAUUCUCUUCAUGUAAUAAACUAUAAAUGUGAGGUUGUAAUGUGAGUUUGCUUAGUUUAAUGUUUUAAGAAAA